AGGCGGCGCGGCUGGCAGGGGGCGAGGGCGACGAGAACGACGAGAGCGACUUCUAUCUGGAGGCAACCAUCUGCAGCCACACCAUCAAUUCUUCACCCAACAGCCGCAGCUAGCAACAACCAAAAAGAAAAAAAAAAGAAAAAAUCAUCCAUGCCUAUUCUCUGCGUCAUUCUUGUGUUGAUGCUUUCCUCCGCAUCUUCCAUCAGCUGCUGCACAGAGCAUGAGAGAAACUGCCUCCUCCAGUUACUGGCCGGGCUCUCGCAGGACGGUGGCCUCGCGGCGUCAUGGCGGCACGGCACAGGAUGCUGUUCAUGGGAAGGCAUCACCUGCGGUAGCAUGAAGAACGACGGCGAGGUCGCCGCAGUCACAGACGUCUUGCUGGGCGACAAGAAACUCCAGGGCAGCAUAUCGCCUGCUCUUGGCAGCCUACCCGGCCUGCUGCGUCUGAACCUGUCACACAACUCGCUCUCCGGUAGCCUGCCUUCAGAGAUAAUGUCGUCAGGCAGCAUCGUCAUCCUUGAUGUCAGCUUCAACCUCCUCAAUGGAGCACUGAAAGAUCUGCCGCCGUCGUCUUCGGCUUCCAGUCGACGCAUUCAGGUGAUCAACAUCUCCAGCAACUCAUUUUCAGGGCAGUUUCCAUCCGGAUCAUGGGAGAAGAUGGAGAGUCUGGUCGUGCUCAAUGUCAGCAACAACAGCUUCACAGGACCGAUGCCAUCGUUCUUCUGCAUCAGCUCACCGUCCCUCGCGAUGCUCGACCUAUCCUAUAACCAUUUCAGUGGCAGUGUAGCGCCGGAGCUUGGCAACUGUUCUUCGUUAAGAAUGCUCAAGGCUGGCCACAACAGUCUCAGUGGGGCUCUCCCGGAAGAGAUCUUCAAUGCAACCUCACUGGACCACCUCUCUUUUGCUGACAAUGAUUUACAGGGAGUUCUUGAAGGUGCAGGCAUAAUCAAGCUCAGGAAUCUGGUUGUCCUAGAUCUUGGAUUCAAUAUGUUCAGUGGCAACAUCCCUGACUCCAUUGGUGAGCUUGAGAGACUGGAGGAGAUUCACUUGAGCCACAACAGCAUGACAGGGGAGUUGCCACCAGCUCUUGGCAGCUGCACAAAUCUCAAGGCCUUGAAUCUUGAUAGCAACUACUUCAGUGGAGCGCUUGGCAGGGUCAACUUCUCCAAACUAUCUAGUCUAAAAGCUUUGCAUGUUUCAAACAACAGCUUCACUGGCACAAUUCCAGAAAGCAUCUACACAUGCAGCAACCUGAACGCAUUGCAGCUAUCAUUUAACAAGUUCAAUGGCCAGCUCUCUUUGAGAAUAGCCAACCUUAUGUCCCUAACCCACCUAUCACUUGCUGAAAACUCUUUUACAAAUAUUUCAAGUGCACUUCAGAUCCUCCAGAGCUCAAGAAAUCUCACCACCUUGCUUAUUGGAGGUAACUUUAGGGAUGAGGAAAUUUCAGACGACGAAACAAUCAUCGGUUUCGAGAAUCUUAAGAUUCUUUCUAUGGAAAACUGUCCACUGUUUGGAAAUAUACCUCUUUGGAUAUCAAAGCUCAGGAAUUUGGAGAUGCUAUUCUUGUUCAACAAUCAUCUAAGUGGGUCAAUACCUGUUUGGAUCUGCACUUUAAACUCCCUAUUCUAUUUAGAUUUAUCAAACAACAGCCUUUCAGGGGAAAUCCCAGCAGAGAUAACAGAGAUAUCAAUGCUAAGAUCAGAGAAGGUUACAUCUCAUUUGGACAUGAAGAACUUUGAGGUGCCUAUUUACAGUGGUCCAUCGCCUAAAUACGGCACCAUCAGUGGUUUCCCUGCAGUGAUGAUUCUAAAAAACAACUUAACAGGUGUGAUCCCAACAGAGAUUGGUCAGUUGAAGGCACUGCUUUCACUCAUUCUGGGCUGCAACAACCUGUCUGGAGAGAUUCCACAAACAAUCCUUGAUCUCACAAACCUGGAAGUGCUUGACCUGUCCAACAACCAUCUCACCGGCACAAUUCCAGCUGACCUGAACAACCUGAAUUUCCUCUGUGAACUCAACAUCUCCAACAAUGAGUUAGAAGGGCCUGUUCCAACCGGAGGCCACCUGGACACAUUCCCAAGAUCCAGCUUUGAUGGAAAUCCGAAGCUUUGCGGCCAUAUGCUAACACAAAAUUGUAAUGUGGUAAUAAUAGUAGAAGCACCUCAGGAUCCCAGCAGGCAAGGCUACAAGGUCACCUUUGCUAUUGCAUUUGGUGUCUUCUUUGGAGUAGGGGUGCUGUUAGAUCAGUUGCGCUUAUGGAGUCUGCUCAGCUAGAUACACUUCAGUUCAGUUGUCAGCUUCAUCUCGAAUGACUACUCUUGCGAAUCGAAUACUUGAAUGGGUGGUCAAAAAGAGAGCAUACACUUCGUUAACAAGGCCGUCUUGAUCGAUAUAUCUUCUCUACAUGUGUGUAAUCACUAACAACUUUGCAUGAUAAAUGAGCCAAAAUGGCUCCCAAAUGUGAAGUUAGAAUCAUCGACGAGUGUGUGUAGUAACAAAAUUUCUCACUAGUUCCAUUAAUUUUGGCUUUCAAUCAAAGUGAGGGAAAAGAUUAAGAAUGAGAGAGGAGCUCCUGACUCUCUAAGUCCUUAACGGCCGAACACCGGCAAAGAUGAUAACAGGAGGCGACCGGGAUUUUUCAUUCUACAAGUCAAUAGUCAUGCUUGA